CGAGCCUGACCGUCUGAACGGGAACAAAGACGUUAUAAUAGGAACAGGCAAGAUGCUAAUAGCCAUUGGCGGAGUAGCCGCCAACAGUUGGCCUGACUUGGAUAAUGAGUCAUUGGCCAACUCAUUGGCCAACUCCUGGUCGUAGAGUUGGUUUCAAGGAAACUUCCUAAUGUCAAGACUGGCUCGACCAGGACUUCCGAUUCCGAUGUAAAUUACCAGGCUGGCCCCACCGGCCAGGGUUUCAUGAAGAUCCAACCCUUUCGGACACUUCUGCAGGCAUUGUUGCAGCGCUGACGGCAUUCCGAGCACAAUGAGCGGUUAAUGCUGUUGAUGGCAGCCUAGCCGUCUCCUUUUCUUCUCGUCGGUCUUGUUAUCCUGACAAUUGCAUCUACAGUUCGUAUCCAGAGCCACCAUCCUAACAGCAGACAGACGGUAACAUGCUAUGUAACCCUCUCGACAUGAACUCGGAGAAACCAUCCAAGACUUCUCGGAAGCAGAAGCCUCUCAAGGCUGAGCCCAAGAUUCUGCUUGCCGACACCAUCGGCCAGACGCUAUACGAGCGGCUGCUCCAAGCCCGCCUCGACUGCGCUGCCUCCAUCGCCCAUCUAGCAGCCUUGCACAGCCAAGUGUCGCACAUGGGCCUGCUAGACCCGAGCUACUCCAUCUUUCUCAACACCACCCAUACCGCGGCGCUGUGCUUCAAAGUCCUCCACAAAACCGCCAUCAUCUCGGGCGACCCCAUCAGCCAUGCCACCGACAUCACCUCCCUUCUGUCCGAAUUCCAAACCUACCGCAAAGCCCACCACCUAGGCAUCGCCUUUCUCGGCGCCAGCCCUAUCCUCACGCACUAUGCCCACACCCACCACCAACACUGGACCAUGCUACACUUUGGCAAAGAGCGCGUCCUCAACCCCACCACCAACGCCAUCCUGCACGAACAAACGGGGAAACGUAUUCUUCUACAAACCAAACACCUCCUCAACCCAACAAAAGGCGGCCUCACCUUAGACAUCUAUGUCCCCACAGCCAACAAAGAUAGUGACAAAGAAAGAGACAAAGAAAGAGACAAAGACAAAGACCUCGAACGCUCCCUCCAAUCCAUCUACAAUACCUGGCGUUCUACCCGAAACGCCUCCUCCACCCCACAAGCCUUCAUCACCUCCUACGAUCUCUUCCCCACCUUUCUCCCCUCCCAAAUAACCUACAUCUACGCCCGAAACCCGGUCGGAGAGCCCAUCGCCUUUGCGGCCCUUCGUUAUCUGGGCGGUAAAAAGGGGUAUCACAUUGAUCCCUGCAUUGCGGAUCCUACUGCUCCAAAGGGCACAACUGACCUGUUACUCUUCUCCGCAAUUGCAUUGUGCAGGACAGCGGGGGUAUCCUACCUAAGUAUAGGUUACGAACCCUUCGAUGACCUAGGCGAGGUAAUCGGGCUCCCUGGCCCGUUGGAACGGGUAGCGCGUCGCAUGUACCGAUUCGCAUUUGGACGGUUACCCUUGGCGGGGAAAAAGGCAUACCAUGAUAAAUGGAAGCCCGAUGAGGGGUUAGAAGAUCCUCUAUAUAUAGUCUUCCCUGGGGGUGGGGUACCCGACGUUAGGGGCGUGGUUGCAUUGAUGCAUGUUGCGAAUGUGAAAAUUAGGAGGGUGGUCUUAGGAUAAAGAUGAUAUGGACGGGGUGAGUAGAGAGACAUUUACCAUUCAUCUAGGUUCUAAUGCGUGGGUAUGGUGUAUAGGUCAUCUUCAUGUUUUGCAUGUGUUUGAUUCUCUGUUUAUUUUGUCUCUAUGUAUAAGAACAACCGUUAAUAGCAUGGUAGGAGUGACAUGGAUUGAAAUAUAAAAAAGGAU